UACAUAACCCGUCAUGCACUCCGAUGCAGCGCAAAUCAACGUCCGGGUCACGAGGUCAAAAGCAGAACUGUUUUGGUUUUCCCUGAUAUUAGCCAGUUUGUUUGGAGCUUAACACUCGUUAGCUCGCUAGCGUUAGCAGCUGUACAAAUGGACGCUUUGCACCGACACCGUUCGCUUUAUAAAGGAACAACUCCGCCAUGGAAAGAAACAUACCGCAAGCGCUGUGUGGACAGGCUGAAGAACAGCCGGACGAGGCUGCUGGACAGAUACCGUCAGACGGGAGAGGGCGAGCGGCGCAGCGGCUCCGGGGCCUCGGUCAUCGUCCAGGAGGUGAUGGAGGAGGAGUGGGUCGCCCUGCAGUCAGAGGACCGGAGACUGCCCUCGCUAUGGGGGCCACAGGGAGUUGCAGAGCAGAUGUUCAGUGUCAUGAACGAGUAUGAUGAACUGGCAGUACUGGAAGAAAUCCAACAAGAGCUCAUGUCUCAAGAAAUGUCUAUUAUUGAAGAGUUCGAGAAGAACCUGCAGUUUGAGCAGCAGUACAUAUCAUCUGUUGUGGAGGGGAUGGAGGAGAUGAAUAUUAUUUGCCCCAUAUGUCACAUGAACAACUUGAACAUCAACAGCCAUUUCAUCUCUUGUCCGUGUGGACUGGACAUUAACAAUAAGAAACCGAACAUCACGCCUGAUAUCCUGCGGAAUCUUCUGGAGUCCACGGUAUCCCAGCACAUGGAGGACUGUUUGCACAACCCGGUGUUCUCUGUAGCUCCAAACACAGACAGCUCUCUCAACCUGAUCGUAAGCUGCAAGGUUUGUGACUACCUGUCCAUUGUCCUAUGAAAGCAGAUGCCGCUUUUAUUUUUUAAUUUAACGUUUGAUUUUGAGUUUCUAAGUUAUUUUGAAAUAAAGACUUCAGUAUUGAAUGUGUUAUGUUAUUUAUUGUACUGUAUGCUACCCCCUCUCUACCUACCCUUUCAUACCAAUGAUCAUA